AUGAUGGCACUUGUAUCCAUCAGAUUGCUUCUAGCAACAGUAAUCGCUGCUAUUUUGUUAAGCUCAAAUUUGAGAAGCGAGUGCGGAAAGCCAAAGUCCAGAUUUACCAACAUGCUUUGCGAGUCUUUUAACGAAUCGUAUGCAUCUUUUAAAAACUGUAAACUUAAUUUACUUGGAAGAGGACGAGUUGGUGCCAGUUUGUACGUAAAGCUGUUUCAACUGCCAAUAGAUAACUCAAGGAUAAAUAUGGCCAUUUACCGCCGCUAUAAUGGAUUUCGUCCAUUUUUGUACAACGUCAGCGUAGAUCUCUGCCACCUUUUGGAAAAAAACAAUUUUCUAUCGUUUGAAGGACUAGUUAUUAAUGCCAUCAUGACACGGUCCAAUUUAAACCACUCUUGUCCCUACAACCACGACAUAAUAUUGGACAAUCUGGAAUUUUCUGAUGAUUUCCUAAAAACUCUUCCCCUUCCUCAAGGCGUCUAUAAAAUACAAUUACGAUUCGCCUCUAACAAAGUUUGGAGAGCACAGGUGAGCAUUUUAUUUGAAAGAGAAGAGUAA